UGUAUCUCAUACUCCAUUGUGUUAACACUGUGAAGUGUUUUUUUGCAAUUUCUGUGAUCUUAUGUUUAGGUAAAAUAGUACAAACAUAAGUUUGCAAUAAUUAGUUCUAAAUUAACUAUUACACAUGUAUAUAAAAGUAUGGUUUGGUAGAAUUUUUGGUAAAUAUGACAUUAAUGAUUAUUAUAAAUACGACUUAAUUGUAUGACAAGUAUUUACCAUGGGUAAUUGCAACUGCUUUAAGAGAUCUACCACAGAUGAUAUUUCCUUGUUAAGGGGUAGUGAUAGUGUAAGAGAAUCCUCUUCUGAUCAGUUGGGUCCCCCAGCUUACCAGGAGGUACUCCCAAUUCACACAGCUUCCCCUGUAUAUCAUCCAUCUCCAAGUGUAACUCGUUCAGUUACCCAACUAACGGAAGAAGAACAGGUGAAAAUAGCCAAACGAAUUGGUUUAAUCCAACAUCUUCCUACAGGAAUCUAUGAUGGAUGCAAAAAGGCUAGAGAAUGUGUUAUUUGCAUGGGUGAAUUUCUAGUGGGGGAUGCACUUCGGUAUCUUCCAUGCAUGCACACUUAUCACAUGACUUGCAUUGAUGAUUGGCUUAUGAGAAGUCUUACUUGUCCUAGUUGUUUGGAGCCUGUGGAUGCUGCUCUGCUCACUACUUAUGAGACCAAUUGAUGGCCAGUGCCUUUGCAUCAAAAAUAAUGCCAAACUGUGAACUAGAACAAAAGUAACUUAAACAGGUAUACAUUGGUAACAAUUUAUAAUGUUAUAUCACAAGCACCACAAUAUUUACGCUUCAUUGAUGAUUUUUAACAGGUUUAAAGAUAGAAUCAAUGAUUUUGUUGUCAUAAUCAUUUUUAAACAUCAAGUUUAUAAUUGUAUAUAGAAAUAUUUUAUGACAAUCAAGAUCAAACUUUAAUUUUACAAGUUUCUCUUCCUGGUUGUCUUUAACCAAUACAAGAAAUAUUAAAAAAAAUUGUAGUUAAUCGGCUAUUAUUUGUAUAUGAAUAUUCCUGUGUUACAAUGUAUUCUUGUUUAAGACACCUACAGUUUGGCUAAUAGUGAAAAACUGUGAUCUGAACUGUUUGUUUUUAGAGGACGUGAAAGGUUUGUGUGAAAGGAGGCUGUGAUAAAUUAGCAAAGGAAUAACUAUAGGAUGGUUGGUAUAUAUCUAUAUAUUUUGUUUGUCAGUGUCUUGACAUUUCAGAUUUUUAUUAAUUUAAGUACUUAUUAGAUUUAUUAGUACACUUUAUUUUGGAAAUAGAGUAUGGGCACCAGUAAAGUAUUUUAAUUUUUAAUCAAAAAUACAAGUUCGUGCAAUGUUCUGGUCUCAUAUGAUUAUGCGAAUAGUUUUAAAACCUCAACAUGAAAAACUAUUUUUUAUAAAUUUUCACAAAAAGUUGUUUGUGAAAUAAAAUAUUUCAGGAAAUUUACAAGUACGGUUAAGUGAUUCUUGUGUCUAUACUAUGAUCUGGAAAUUGUAUUGAGUGACUAAUAUUUAAAGUAUGGACAGUUACUACCCUUUCAAAUUAAGACACUGGUGUCUGACACUUGUGUCUGCCAAAUUGUAGCAAAGCAUUGUUUUAAAUGAACGACUACAGACUGAAGCAGGCAACGAAAGGAGCGAGAAUAUCUGGUUUCCUGAGGGAUAUAAUCUGCAGGAAUAAAUAUAUGAGCACCGAAAGUAAAGUCCGCAUUUAUACGACAUGUGAGAUACCCGUACUGACAUACGCAGCUGAGACAAGGACCGAGACAACAAAGAUCAAACAAAUAUGAGAACAACAGAGAUGAAAAUCCUAAGAUUUAUAAGAGGUAUGACACUCAGAGACAGUAAUAUCCAGAAUUCUUAUUUCUGUUAAGUUUCAAGAGUACCUAACAGUGUACAGAAUCAAAUAAAAACUAUGAAUUUGGCUAAUAGUACAAAGAGAAAUUUGAAAAUGUUUGGAAUAUGGCAAACUUAAGCUUUUACUCUUUCCCCAGAGUUUAAGAAAAUAAUAUCUAAGAUUGUGUUUUUUAAUUUUAAGGGUUUUUAGAUCACCUUGUACUAUUUUACCCUUAUUAGGAGUAUUUCUCAUAUACUGAAGAUCACAUUAAUUUAUUGCAUUAAUUAGAAAAACAUUAAAAUAUGUCACUACAAUAAAGGAAGAGAAGACGAAUAAAAAACUUACAACAGAGAAGUAAAAACUUCGUUUCUAUAAUGGUAUAUUGGUUUAUUAAAAACUUAAAAAAUUAUCCAAAUGGAUUAUAAAAUUCCAGAAUGACUUCGAUCUUAUCAGAUCAUCAUCAGUGAAACAUAUUAUAUAACUAUGGUACACGGACAACUACUGGGACUUUCUGUUUUAAUUUGUAAGAAGAAUACAUCCAAGUAAUGGGCACAAGGCAAAUAAAUAGAGAUAUUUAUUAAAUAAUAGAACAAACUUUAGAAAUAUUUCGCUGUUAAUAACUUUUGUAAUGUUUUUGAUCUGCGCAUUUUCUACUAAUACCGAUAGUAACCGAUAGGAAAUGUGAUAAAAGUGAUAUAGUGAUAUAAAUAUUACUGGUGCCUCUACCAUAUAAGCUAUUAUUUUAUUUUAUAAAUUAAGAAUAAUUUAAUCUCAUGACAAUAUAUACUGUCUCCAGUUUUAUUAAAAAUAUGUCAUAAGUUUAGUUGCAUUUGGUACUAAUAAUAACAAAGUUUAUUCUGAUUGCAUUCGAUCAGUAUUAUUUUUUAAGUGGUAUCAUAGUACAUCUAUUUCCAAUUGUACCAGCACGAUAAAAAAAAUAAAUAAAAGUAGUGAUUCAAUAAGUUAACAAAUACUUUCUUAUACAAAAGUGAGACAUUACGAGACAAAAAUAUGUUAAAAAAUAACUACACUUCUCCAAGAAAUUAACGCACCACCUUAAAAAUGAGUCAUUUUUGAUGUCUCAAAUUUCCUAACCUGUUGUCCGAUUUAAGUGAUUUUUUAAAUAUGUUAUAGCCUUAUUCUUUAAGAAUAUCGCUGUAAUAAUAUUGUUGCCAGACAGGUAAAUUAUCAUUGUAUACCGGGUGUACCAAUCAAACUGUGAUUUUUUCUUGGGCCGCACCAUGACGUCGGAAUAAAAAAUAAACCCAUAGUAUUUAAUGGGGGUGCCUACAUUGGAUCCGUUUUUCUCCGAUCCGAUCAGAUCAGCUCAGAUCCAACGUCGGCCGACGUCGGAAUAAAAAAUAAACCCAUAGUAUUAAAUGGCGGUGCCUACAUUGGAUCCGUUUUUCUCCGAUCCGAUCAGAUCAGAUCCGAUAUCGGCCGACGUCGGGAGUAGCUUCUCCUAGUAAUUGAAUUUUUUGUUUUAACUAUUUCAUGAAAUAAAUCAACAAUAAAUAGCCUCCAAAUCUUAAUAUUUAAUUUUGUAAUAUGUAUCUCUACAAGAUAGAUAUUUUAUAAUGUUGUCUUGAAUAUAAUGGUUAAAAAAUCUCUUUAUUUACACAGGUAGAAAAUUUAAUACCUCUAGCACAUAAUAGGAAACAAUUGUUCCCUAUUCUGUGCCUCUAGGUAAAUAGUUUUAUUGGAAUGGUCAAUUUCACUUUGGUUAUAGAAUUUUAACGGGUAAAGUUGGGUCCAUCGAUAUUUCGCCCGUCGGCAAAUUCAAAGAGAUAAUAUAUGUAUGUUAUAUGUAUGUUAUGAAAUUCGAGUAAACCGAUGUCCCUUUAUCUAGGCACAUGCCGGUAUUUUUAUAAUCCGGUUACUCAUCGUAAAUCAAUCAGUUUAGCACUUAAAAAUUUAUACUUGGGAUUAGUACAGUUAAAAUUGUUAGACAAUUAUACUAUUAAGCAAUAUAAUUGAAACUUUUUUCUACUUUGAAGGACAAAAAAGCGAGUUCAUUAGCGGAACGUAAUUCAGAAUUAUUCUGCAAAUUACAUUUGAUACAAUAUUUGAUUGAAAUAUCUAAUUUUUGAUGGUAAAAAAUAUAUUAAAUAAAUAUAUUAAUUUGUCUGGACUAAAGGUGGUAAAAGAUGGUCUGGAGUUAUAUUUUUGUUUGAAUUUGCCGACGUGCGAUAGAUAUAUGGUGUCAACUUUACUAUAAUGUGUCUUUGAAAUUGCCGAAAAUAAUCUUAGAUAAAACCGGAAGUAUAAUUAUACUACCUAUUAUGUGUUACUAUAUCUUUUUAUAUCAGAAUAAUUUUUAAUACGUGCCAACACAAGGCUACAUAGUUUAUAAUAAAUCAAUGUAUUUUUUCUUUUCUCAUGAAUUAUUUUACGUGACGAAUUUCUUGUGACGAAAAAGUAGGAAAUAGAAUCUUAAAUUUAUCAGGAUAGUUACGUAGAUUUUUGUUUAUAUUAAAUUCACCUGAAGAUCUGUCUUUAUUAAAUUUAUUCAUCCAUCUACGCUUUUUUCUACGUCUUUUAAUAACGUUGUUUUCCAACAACAGCCAACACAUUACACCUCUUCAUCAUUGUCGGUGGUCGGAAGUUAACGGAACCAAUGUAGGCACCCUCGCCGGAAAAUCGGUCUAUAUCGGAUCUGAUCUGAUCGGAGAAAUACGGAUCCAAUGUAGGUGCCGCCUAUCGGAUCAGAUCGGAUCUGAUCGGAUCGGAGAAAAACGGAUCCAAUGUAGAUGUGACGGCCUUAAAGUUCUCGUGACCCUGUGGAAUAUUCUAGCAUUUAUAAAAUACUGAAAUUAAAACCCAGCUAUAGCCUCAUGUUUACUUAACAUUCUGUUUUUUUAUUCAUUCGCUUAACAACUAGCCAUGUUUUUCGUCAUUAGUGUUUUUAAAUUAGUAUUAGUAUGUUAGUAUUAGUAAAUUCGAGACAUUAAAAAUUACAAAUUUUUAAGGUGGUACGUUAAUUUCUUGGAGAAGUGUAUAUGAGUAGUCUAAAUUCAAAACCCGACAUGUCCAUUAAAACGAUUUUUAAGUAAACCUAAAAAAACUUACAGAAACUUUAUUUCUGUGUUCUUCCAAACAUAUGUCGUCAGUUUUGUUGUCAUGUGCUUCCUUCUCCCUCAAAACAUCUUGCGAUGUUAGGCAACUAGCUUCUUUUGAUGUAGAUGCUGUAGAAUUUUCGUCAAAGUCUUUCUAGACAAAGGAUAAUGUUUUAUCGUUUUGCUAAGUCUCUGUAGUGCUUUUCAAUCAGUUUACUUGUACUGUUGUUUUGAUCUGGUUUUAAUGGUAAGCCUACCCUCACAGCUGCAAGUUGCAUACGCAGUUUCCGUCCCCUACUUAUCAAAGAUUUCAAUAGAAGUUCAGUCACGAUUUUAUCUCUUGUGCCUUUGAGAGUACUGAAAUAUGAAAUUAAGGAGGGUAAAAUAUGUGACAACUGUGGGGUUUCCGUGGGAAAUCUGCGUGAAAAUUGAAUUUUCUUUCUAAAGAAAAUCGCAUGUGCUGCGAUGAUUUUCUCCCUCAUGCUGUUUUAUAAAUCGAUAGAGGAGUUUCCAUUCUAUUUUUCAAAAUUUUGGCAUAAGGGUUAUGAAUACAGCAGCCGCUAUUUGGUAAAAUUAGAAAACCACCCAAAUAAUCUUGCACUGAACCUGCUAGAUUAUAGUGAGCAGACUCGGAGACUGAAGAGGCACAAACCAUUGAAGCUACCAUAUAGGUUCUAAGCAGCAGUGAAGUGAAGUGUAGUGCAGUGCAGUGAAGUACUUACCCUUACAGGACACAGUCCAAUAAUUUAAGAGACUAGUCGAGUCUUUGUUAUCACUGGAUAACAAAUCCAAAUUUAUACAUACACCCCUUUGAACAAACAACAAACAUGCUUAUAUUUUUUAUGUAUUGAUUGCAUGUAGUAAAUAUCCUAUAAUAAAAAAAAUAAGGGCAAUUGCUGCCCUAAUGGUGUUAAUUAUGACCUAAAUACGUGAUGUUAAUAGGUAUUAAAAUAUAUAUUAUAUAUUAAAAUCAGUGUAAAUGAUUUUUUCCUUCAUGUUAGUUUUCCAGUCAAGAACUGGUUUAUUGAUGAUGCAAGAUUUGAUUCUCCUAAAAUGCCGGAUAGUUAUUUAUUUAUUCAGAGUCCAGAAGAGUUUUUUUUAGUCCGUUUUUAGUUGACCAGUUUCUAGUACGUUAAUUAAAAUAUCUCAGAUACCCUAGCUACACAAUUACCCUAGCUAUCCCAACUAUCUCAGCUACUCCAGAUAUCAAGACAAGUAUUUUUGGAGCAAAUGUUUUCACAAUUCGUCUUAUUACAAAAUAUAUUUUUAGAUUUAGAUGAUAACAGUGAGCAAAAUACACUAACAUCAGAUCAGAACCAGAGAAACCAAUUAACAUUAACAUUAAAUCCAUCUACAAGACAGGAAAUAAUGGAUGCCAUUAAAGCACUGAAGAAUAAUAAAGCACCAGGGAUUGACAACAUACCAGCUGAAAUUCUCAAAAUUGGUGGACACACACUGAUAGAAAGAUUUCAUCAACAGUCGUGUGGAACACAAGAAAUUCCAGGACACCGGAAAAAAGCAAUUAUAUGACCAAUCCACAAGAAGGGAGACAAACUCGGCUAUAAAAACUAUAGAGGCAUAUCCUUAUUAUGUGUGAGUUAUAAGGUGUUUACAUGGAUUAUAAAUCAGAGAUUAAGUCACUUCACAAAACAAAUCAUAGGAGAAUACCAGGACGGUCUACUAUCGGCCAGUUAUUCAACUUAAAACAAAUCUUAGCUAACGCUUGGGAGUACGACAUAGAUAUCUACCAAAUCUUGGUAGAUUUUCGACAAGCCUAUGAUAACAUAAACAGAGGUAAAAUAUAUUUAAUUAUGCAAGGAUUUUAUAUCCAAUGGAAAUUGGUAAAAAUGAUUCAAGCUACCAUGAGUCACACAAAAGCGCAAGUACGAGUUCAAAAUCAAUUGACAGAUGCCUUCUAAAUAACUAAAGUGCCCGACUUGAGCUGUAGCGCCAUAGGAGAAAGAGAGCGAGAGUGAGGAAAAUACAUCAAGGUUGAUCAGAUUUUCACAUGCUCUUGGAAAUCGGCUUCCAAAAACGCCAGAUUGAGUAAUUAUUUAUCCAGAGUCCGAAAGAGUAUUUUCUGCGUCCGUUUCUAGUUGCAGCGCAUACGUUAGUCACAAUAUUCUAGAUACCCCAGGUACCCUAGCUAGCCCAAGUACCUCAGCUACUCUAGAUAUCAAGACAGGUAUUUUCAGGAGAAAUGUUUUCACAAUUCGUAUUAUUUCAAAAUAUAUUUUCAGAUUUAGAUGACAACAGUGAGGAAAAUACACCAAGAGGACCUUCAUUCUUAUUGGUUGAGUGGACAUGUUCGUAGAACUUGUUUUUUUAUCCUGAAUAUCUCAUGUAAGAUGCCGACUUUUAUUUCUUAACUAUACAACAACUGUAAAUCUCAAAUUCUUAAAACAUGAAACUUGUCGGGUUUUGCAUUUAACGCCUGAUAUGUAAGUAAAUAACAACUACAUAUAAUUUAUCUGCUGGUUCAAUUAGCAAUGGAUAACUAUACAUUUGUAUCGUAGAUUUACAUAUCAAAAUACAACCAAUAAUUUUCUCUUCAAACUGGACGUGGAUGCAAUAAAAGAAUCAUUGAAGAUACUAAAAACAAACUAUUGUUUUACAACGCCUUAUGAGUGCUAUCUAUAGUAGUGUUAAUAAUAGUUUUUAAAUAACACAUUUUUGUUUGACAGUAUUUACUUUACAAAAUAUUGUUUACAGAAUACAACGUGAACUAAAAUAUUGUUUUCAAUGAAAUAUCUGUAUAACUUUAAUACACUCACCGACACAAUUAACCGCUCACGUUGUAUUUCUUUCAUUUUGCAGAAUUUGUCAAUCUUGGACCAAAUUUUAUGACAGAUGCUGAAAACUAUCUUUAGGGAAAAGAAAACAAUAAAAUUAUUGAAAAAAGUCGUUCAAGAGCUGCUUCUUACCUUAGGACUUCUUGGAGCCGGUUCGGCAAUCCAUUCAUGAUAUCCUGAAUAUCCGAUUGGGGAAUAUUGUGCCACUCCUCUACCGCAGAAAUCUUGAGCACUCCGAAGGAUGUAGGGCUUGUACUCUUGCACUUACCCGUUUUUUGAGGUUGUCCCAAAUAUGUUCAAUUAGGUUAAGAUCGUGACUGAGUGCCGGCCAUGGUAAAACAAAUCCCGAACUCAUUAAGGUACUUACGGGUGAAUCUUGCGGUAUGGCAAGGUGCAUUGUCAUGCAUUAGUCUCUCUAAAGUUUUCACCAAUCGACGGUGCGAAAGGCAUGACAUGAUCUUGGAGAACUUUUUUCUCGUAUCUUUGAGCACUCGCACUACCUCUAUCGAAUACAAUAAGAUCAGUACGAUCUUCGUAAGAAAUACCUGACCAAAUCAUUAUUGACCCUCCUCGGUAAGCCACUGUUUUGGUUAUAGUGCAUGGAGUAAACCUUUCAUUUUGACGCCUGUGGACACGCUGACGUCCAUCUGGACCUCUUAGGGCCAAUUUCUCAUAUCGAGUUCAACUCUAGUUUAACCUGAACUUUUCGUCAGUUUAAAGUCGAAAUCGUCUUUCUCAAUUCACGUUCAACCGAUGGCAGUUUAAACUACGUUCAACUUGAACGAUGGAAUUCGGCCGUUCAAAGAUUUCAGAACCCAGUUCAGAUGAUUUCAUGGAUUUCGCAUGCGUUGUAUUAACACGAAACGCUGUCAUAAUAUAAAUAUAACCUAUUUUAUUAUAUUAAGCCUAACGAUAAACGAUAACAUUAUUUUUGUUUUUAUUACAUUUAUUUAUAAUUAUUAAAAUGACUAUUUGACUAUAAAUACUUAAAUUUAACUUUAUUCAAAAACAGCACAAAAAGGUCGUACAAAAUGGCGAUAGUUUUUACCUUUUGCCAUCUAUUAGCAUUUAUCGAAAGCUGUAGAACGUGCACUAACAAUGAGAAAUGCAUUCCAAACAAAACCGAAGUUCACCGGUGAACCUCAGUCAACUGAACCAUAGAUUAACGCAGGUAUGAGAAAUCGACCCUUAGGGCUAUUCUGCUAUCAUCUAAGAACAGUAUGUUUUUCUAUUCCGCCACAGUCCGGUCAGCAUAUUCUCACACAAAACUAAGUCUAGCUCUACGGUGUUGUGGGAGCAUCUGCGGAGCGUGAGCUGGACGGAAAGCCGUCAAAUUUCUUUCUGCCAGUCUUCUAAUGGUACUUUCACUCACACUAACAUUUUCCACCUCAAAAAGACGCGUACGAGCUUCAGGAGGAGUGCAAAAGCGAUUUCUCAACACAUUGCUGAUAAUGAAGCGGUCAUCUGUAAAGGAUUUAUAUUAGCAUCCAAAAAAUAAGAGUAUUUAAUCGAUUUAAUUUUUAAAAGUCUUGGGGUCAUUCCAUUUCAAAUCACUCAAUUUUGGAACAAAAAAAAUUUUGGACCUCCGAUUUGUCUGAAAAUUGGUAUAUAGCCUGUGAGGGACGUAAAAAUAAGAUAUUUAAGGUCAAAAAAUUUUCUUCUUUUUUUCUCAAAAUGUUAUUUUAUGCGAUUUUACAGUGAUUUGGUGUUUAUUUAUACAAAUUUGCAUUUUCUAUCGUAAAGUAUCGAUGGAAAACAUAAUAUUUUAAUAAAAGGGACUCAAAAUUUCAUUAUAUGGCAUUAUAACAAGUUACUUUGAUUCAAAACAAGCUUUUGAUCAAAUUUUAUACUGUAGAAAACGUUAAAAUACCGUUUUUUUACAUUUUUCUCCAUUCCCAAAAUACAUCAUAACCGAUUUGGCUGAAAAUUUUCCCACAGAUAGACAAAACAUGGUACUUUAAGUGGUGAUAAGGAUUUGAAUUAUAUUACAAUACCAAAAAAGUUACAUGCAAUAUUACAGUCAAAAAUAUAGGCGUCUACUGUAAGUACAAUUAACUCGAAAUUAUCGACCUCACGACAAAAAUUGUUAAAAUGAAAUUGUAAUAAUUGUAAAUACGAUUUAUUUGGAACAAUUUCAGUUCCUACCAUUUUUGUCGAAAAGUUAAAAAUGGCGGAGAUAUUGAGCAAAACAGAUUCUGCUUUAAAAUCAAGAUGGCGGCUAACGUAACGGAGGAAUUCAUUCGUGAUUUUAAAUUUAGGCUACUAUUGACUCUCCUUAAGAUCAGAAAAAUAAAAUUUUGGGCAGCUCGGCAUUCAAGGUCAAAUGCUAUCCCGACUGGACUAAUCCUACUUUUGAGUCUGAUAUUACUGCAUGUAACUUUUUUGGUACUGUAAUAUAAUUUAAAUCCUUCUAACCACUUAAAGUCCUAUCUUUUGGCUAUCUGUGGGCAAAUUUUCAGCCAAAUCGAUGAUGAUGUAUUUUGGGAAUGGAGGAAAAUGUAAAAAACGGUAUUUUAACGUUUUUUACACUAUAAAAUUUGAUAAAAAACUUGUUUUGAUUCAAAAUAACUUGUUAUAAUGCCAUAUAAUGACAUUUUUGAGUCCUUUCUAUUAAAAUAUUAUGUUUUUCAUUGAUACUUUACGACAGAAAAUGCAAAUUUGUUUAAAUAAACACCAAAUCACUGUAAAAUCGCAUAACAUUUUGAGAAAAAAAGAAGAAGAUUUUUUGACCUUAAAUAUCUUAUUUUUACGUCCCGCAGAAGCUAUAUACCAAUUUUCAGACAAAUCGGAGUUCCAAAAUUUUUUGCCUGAGUGAUUUGACAUGGAAUGUACCCUUGGAUAAACAUUAUACACAUUAAAUGUUUGGAUUUCAUAAGUAGGUGGCAUUGAUUUAUGUAAUCUAGGCCACACAUAUUAAAAACAGCAAGUCAGCAUUAAUGCUGCUAUUAGUAAUUCACGGUCACGUUAAAGAAUAGUCAAUCAUAACAAACAAAUACGAUUUAAAAGAUGAAGUAGUUUUCAAUCGUAAUAGCAAUAUUAAUAAUAUUUAAAAAUAUUAAAAUAUUACUAAAAGAUUUUUAAAUUGAAAACUUAUUGGUCCAUUUCCUUGGUAACACCUCCAUGGCUUCUAAAAUUUGCAAGCCAGAUGGAUGCUGAAGCGAAGAAAACAAGAUGGAAUUCAAAAAACUUACAAUUCACGACCCUGUCUGUUCAGCUGGUAAAUUCCAACAGAAAAUGGACCUAGUUACUCAAAGAAGUAACGACCAAUAUAAAAAUUCCAUUUUUAUUCAGUUGCAAUGCAAAGGCUAAACAAUCUUAUUUUUCACUUAGGUUACGUAGCGCAGUCCAGCACUCUGAAUCCUCGAUUUUCGACUCUUGUUGGAGUCUCAUCGGAGAGAACGUAGGCCUGCUACUCCAUACUCUAAGUGACCAACACCGGGAGUUUAUCCCCCACACCGCAACUGACGUGAAUGGACAAAUUGGUGAAUGAAAAUUUUUCAAUUUAAAAAUCUUUUAGUAAUAUUUUAAUAUUGCUAUUAGGAUUGAAAACUACUUCAUCUUUCAAUUGCCAGAUGACGCUAGUCACCUAGUCCAUUUACGUCAGUUGCGGUGUGGGGGAUAAACUCUCGGUGUUGGUCACUUAGAGUAUGGAGUAGCAGGCCUACGUUCUCUCCGAUGAGACUCCAACAAGAGUCGAAAAUCGUCGAUUCAGAGGGCUGGACUGCGCUCCCUAUUCUAAGUGAAAAAUAAGAUUGUUCUGCCUUCGCAUUGCAACUGAAUAAAAAUGGAAUUUUUAUUUUAUUUUUAAAUACGAUUUAUUUAUAGAUACCUACGUAAAAAGAUAGACAGAGAUUAUUCAUUAUUCACAAACAGACUUAGUUAGAGUCGAGACGGUGUCCAUCCAUCCAACACCAACUAGUUGCUGUAAUACUUAGCGAGUUAAAUAAAUAUAUUCAAGUAUUUAGUGUUUCAUCCUAAUCAACCCCAUCACCACAUGUGGCAACCCCGUACCACCAUACAUCAAUAUCGGUUUUGGCCUGGCUUGCGUGUGUAUGAACCUGUCUCCAGAAAUCGUCUGACAGCAUCCCAUACCGUAGUGCAGCCCCUAUAUCCUUUGGAGAGCUCAAGACGGAUGCGGUAGAGGAGUGGCACAAUAUUCCCCAAUCGGAUAUCCAGGAUAUCACGAAUGGACUGCAGAACCGGCUCGGCUCCAAGAAGUCCUACGGGCCAGAGGCGGCAUCACCAAUUAUUAAUACUCAUAUUUUUUUAAAUUAGACUAUUAUUUUCAAAAUUAUGUUUGUUUGAAUUUUCUUCGAAGAUUUUUAAACAUUGGAUUUUUGCUAAGCAUCCCUUGCUAAACGACUUUUUUUACAAUCAUUUUAUUGUUUUCCUUUCCUAAAAGGUAGUUUUCACCGCAUUUUUCAUAAAAUGUGGUCCAAGAUUGACAAUUUCUACAAAUUGAAAGAGAUACAAGGUGGACGGGGAAUUGUACCGGUGAGUGUAUUAUGUAUCUCGGUUACCAGAAAUUAAUUUCUUCUGUGAAAUACUUAGUUUUUCUGAGGAGUAAAUUACAAUGGGGAGUUUCAUGGUUUUAUUCGGAUAAUAUGCUCAAAAGAAGUCCAAAAAUUAUAUUAAGUAUAGAUUUAUUAUUAAGAACAAUAUUUUACAUGAACAUCCCAUGUUUAUUUAGUUAUCCAAAUCAAAGCUUAUUUUUUUUUAAAUCUUGUAUAUGCAGAUUUUCAUGUGGUUAUUUCUCAGCUAUUAGAAAAACCUUGUAAAUAUAUAUAUUUCUUAGAUAAUUAAUGUUGUGUUUAUAAAUAGUCACUUUUGUAUUUUAAAGUGGUGAUAGUCCUAGGUCUUUUCACAUCUAAUCAAUAUUUGCAAAUAAUUUUGAGAAUAAUAAUUCUGUGAAUCUUAAUUUUGACAAAAAUCUAGAUCUGUCCCCUAGAUAAAAAAAACAUAUUUAUUUAUGUUGGGCAACAGGUAACUGCCUCGGUAUUUCUUAGAUAAGUGUAUUCGUUGGUGAUGUGGUUUCAGAUGCUACUAAACACAGUAAAUCAGAAAGUAUUGGUCCAAAUAUUUUGGAUACCUUUCACAAAGAUUUACCGAUAUUUUAUUUGUAAAGUUGUUGGUUGACAAUAACUGAAUGCUCACUCUGGUUCUAAUAAAGUAAGGAUCAAUCAUCCCAUGAUCCCAAAUGCUUACUUAAUCACUGCAUUCUUCUUCGAAUGUAAGUUUUAUGAAUACGAAACUCAUUAUCGAUAGAUCAGUGAUUUACUUGAUACAGUUGGUUAGCGUUGAUUAUAGAAAUAAUAAAAAAGACGACUGAAUAUCCAGUAUCCGUCCCUUGUGAGGUGAUAAUCUAAUCGAAUUAUCGGUGUUGCCAAGUUGUGUAUUUACUACUUUUUCUCAAGUACAUCAAUAUACAACGUAAAUUUCUAAAUAAUUUAGAAACUGUCCCAUCAAUUGCUAAACUUUGCUAUGAGGUAAACUUAACCUUGCAGAUUAUACUGGUAUUUUUUGGACUGUUGAAAAAGAGAGCUCAACUAUAUUUUUGAUUCUUUGGCAGGCAUUGAUUAGGUAUGGAAACACUUUCUUAGAAAAUAGCAUUUUAUUGAAUCUGAUAACAAUGAAUCCAACUAUUAUACAUCGUUUAUUUUAAAGUGACUGUGACUUAUAGAACAGUAGAGAAGUCAGUAGUGCCCGAUUCUUUACAGUGAUUGCUUUACAGAAAAAUACUAACUGCUACAUUAUCAUCUGUGGCAACUUGCUAGCUAAAAAGAUUCCAGAAACAUGGUUUUAAUUAAUUAACUCAUUAUCACAGUGCAAUUUGUGGACGAGCAGUCGUGUAUACAGGUGAAGUCUGUAGCAAGAAAUGAUGAGAGCAUAUUACAACAUGGUCUACUAAAGAGUCAGAUAUAAGUCAGCAUAUCAGAUUAUAAGUCUUAUAUUCGCAUUUUUCUUUACGGGAAACCUUCCUCCAUAGUCUCCAUAAAGACAGUUGGGAAAGUGGUGAUAAGUACGUGUUUUUUCCAUAAAAACAUCCACAAAGCUGAACAAUCUAAGAAAGGUCCCAGUAAAAAGAAGAACAAAAUAUAAUACUGAGUUGCUAAAGUCUAAAAAUAGUCUAUGAAAACCUAAGCAUAAAAUACUGGACUAAAUGCAAAGAAGCAAUGCACGUGGCGACUGAAGGUGUUAUAAUAUAAAACAAGGCUAGAAAAAAUGAAUAUUUCUUCGACUAAAAACCACGAACUGGCAGAAAAACUAGCCAUAUUGAAAACUUCAGUAAAACAACACGAUUAAAAAUGUAAGAGUAUGAAAAUCUUAAACUAGUAGAGAAGAGAAUUUUCAAACGGAAGAAGAAACAGCAAUACAAAAACGCCCUAAACCUUAACCUAAGUUAAACGCUCUUAACUUUAACCUAAGAUAGUCGACCACCAAAAUAGAAAAUACCCACGGAAAUUCUACCAACAAAUUUAAUAAAUAGUUAUAGAAAAGAUUUCAAAGCCAGAGUGCCUUUAAAAAUAAGGAUUUCUCUAUAUUUGACAAAAAUUAGAUAUUAAACAGAUUAAAUUUUGAAGACCUACUUAGUGAGUUCACACCGUAGAAGAAAUUAGAGAAGCCAUCUUAAAUUUAAAAAACACCAAAGCCCAAGUUCUGAUGUUCUCCUCCUGCCGAACUAUGUAAAUAUGGCUGCGACCACCUUUUGCAACACGUACGUAAGUUAAUAACUAGAUACUGACAAAGGAAAGCAACACCCGCGGAAUGAAAAUUGGGUAAACCUUCGCAAAAACAAAGAGACACGAUGAUGUACGAUAAUUAGGUAUAAUAUAUGCAUUAACUUACUUAAUAUGGCAUACGCAAUACUAUAGGCAUUUGAUAUGUAUCAAGAAACGGAUAUAGAAGAAGAAAGAGAAACAAUAAUGAACCCGGAACAAGGCGAAGAAGAAGAAUUGACCUAUACAGAAGUAAAAGAUAAAAUAUGCAAACUGAAAAACGGGAAAACAGCGGGAGACGACGGAAUAUGUGCAGAACUUAUAAAAUACGGAGGUAAGGCACUAUAUACAGAAAGAUUUAUGAACUAAUACAGAAUAUAUGGAGUAAGGAAACAAGCCCGAAGAAUGGAAGAAAGGAAUUAUUGUGACAAUCCCAAAACAAGGAGACCGCAGGAUAUGUAAAAACUACCGAGCAAUUAAUUUACUGAAUGUAACGUAUAAAGUAAUGACUGGUAUAAUUAGAGACAGACUAACAAUAUACACCGAGCAACGCAUAGGAGACUACCAGUACUGUUUCAGACAACGAAGAUCCACGAUAGAUGCUAUCCAUACACUAAAACAAGCGAUAUAGAAAACAUAUGAGUACGACGGAGAAGCACAUAUACUUUUCCUAGACUUUAAACAGGCCUUUGACAAACUAAGUGGAAGAAAACUGAUCCAACACUUACAAGAGAGCAAAAUACCAAGUAGAAUUAUAAGAAUGAUAGAAAUGAGAAUGCGAGAUUCCCAAGCAACAAUAGACACCGAAAGAGAGAGAACAGGUAUAAUAAAAAUAAAAAAUGGAGUAAGACAAGGAAAUGCGCUCUCAACGGUACUAUUUAUUCUAUUAUUAGACAAGAUAUUAAAAAAGUUGUCAAACGCAGGAACUAUAAAUAAAAAUGCAGCACAAAUAAUUGGAUAUGCGGACGAUAUAACCAUAGUAGCAACAGAUAAAAGGUCAUUAAAGAAAACCUUCCAAGAAAUAGAAAAGGAAUCCAAACUGAGAGGACUGGAAAUAAAUGAAAAUAAAACAAAAUACAUGAAUGUAAGCAAGAAAAAGAAGUGACAACUGACAGAAAUGACAAUAGACGCACACAGCUUCGAAGAGGUUAAAACGCUCAAAUAUUUGGGAGUAUUAGUCAACAGAAGAAAUGAAAGUGUAGAUAUGAAAAUAAGAAUUCAAGCGGGAAACAAAACAUUCUACAUAAAACUUUUCAGAGAUAAGAAGAUAAGCCGAAACACAAAAAUGAAAAUCUACAAAACGACCAUAAGACCAAUAGAGCUAUAUGCUUUGGAGACAUAUAAUGCCAUAGGCGCAGUUCCGAAUGAAGGCCACUUAAAGGAGAGAAAGACAAAGCAAAAUGGCAGCGAAUGCUCACCAUUUUAUGAACGUGAAGAAGAAACAUGAAUGCAUGUCGGAGCUGUUAUUUCAAGCUGUGCCAAUAUUAACUAAGUCCACUAGGUUUUCUACAAACCUGUUCGGUCGAUCUUAAAUUAAAUUAACUUGAAGGAGAAGAACAACUUUCCUCACUGGUGGAUUGUAAGAUCAAGACUUUCUUUGGCAAAUUCUUUCGUUGCUAUACCAACAUUUUUCAGUUUCCAAAUCAAAAUUUCAAUUUCCUCAGUUUUCUGUGGACUGCUCUGGUAGAUAUCCCGUGUGGUACAAUAUUGUAUAUCACAGAACAAUGUCUCAAUAUUUAAAGAACAAUCAUAAACAUUUUCUUUAUGUGGUACUUCUCGCUUAGCCAUAAACUAGUCUCUUGUUCUCUGUCGUGCACGGAACCUACGGUAAUCUGAAAACGCUAAAAUUUUGAAAAUGUCCGGGUUAUUGUGACCAGCAGCUGUAGUGUACGAUACAGAGUAUGACCUAUAAGUUUAUCUAUACAGUACGGAAACAAAGAUAUCUGUGACAUCGCGUAUGAUACAGUAACAAAAUGUUGGUUAUGUAUAUUAGAUGAGCAGCGAUUUAAAAUUUUAUAUUUUCGACGUUGCCAAAUGCACAGUUUUUGAAAUAUACGGAUAAUAUGCGUAUUUUUAAUUGAGACCACCCGUAUAUUUUACAAUCUUUUGUUAGUUUUUUUUUAUUGCCGAUGGAACAUAUAUAUAAUCUGUAAAUGGCCACUAUUAAUAUGUAGAAAUUACGAAAAACAUUUUUUAUGUGUUAUCUCAUUUGCAAUUCUGGGUUUCAGUUCUUGGAUAGCCUGUGGCCUAUUUACAUAUGCACAUUUUGCUUUUUAAAUAACUCCAUAAAAAAUAAUCUAGAAGUGUCAAAUCCGAUGAUCUUGCUGGUCAUUCGAUAGCUCCUCUUCUUCCAAUCCAACGAUUUGAAAAUGUAUUGUCGAGAAGCUCACGAAUGCGUCGAAGAUAAUGACAAGAUGCUCCGUCUUACAGAAACCAAAUUGAUCUAUUCACGAGAUGAGGAUGUAUAUCAUCAGGAAUAUGUGGCUAAAUCUGCAAUUAACUCUAAUUCUAAAAAUGCCCAGUGUUUUUCACCUGUUAUGGUUCUGUCCCAAAAAUAACAUCCAAUAAUGAUAUUAAGUGCGUUCGCGGUUGGUUGUCGGCGACAAAUUAGCAGCAAAACGCAUGCGCACUUUAAAAUGAUAUAAAUAAUACAGUAGAACCCCGAAUUAUCCGGGUACGGAUUAUCUGUGCUGCGGAUUAUCCGUGCUAUGAUUUUCUAUUACUCGAGUUGCGUUUUUGAGGUUUUAUCAAAAUAGCGUCAUCGUAAAUCACUUGACGGAAACUCUAUGUGACGAAAGAGAGACGCAUAAUGAAAGAUUUAUUUUUUUCUGUUAUUUUUUAUGGUAGGUACAUAAUAUGUAUGUGUAUACGUACAUAUGUAUUAUACAUAAGACAUACAUGUUCGGAUUAUCCGUGCUUUUCAAUUAUCCGUGCCACCCUUCGUUCCCGACGAGCACGGAUAAUCGGGGUUCUACUGUAUCGUUAAUAUAUAAAUAUAAAAGGUAUGUUUACCUAGUAUAAUUUAAUAAUUAGUUAUUAAUAUUAAUUAAAAGUAAAUAUACCUUGCAUAUUUAUCUAUUAACGGUAUUAUUUAUAUUAAGUGAGGUUAGAAAUUGUCAGCGACAAUUUGUCAACUCUACCCGCGAACGCAACUAUUAUCGCGAAUUACCACGAACUACAACGAAUCACGCAUCACGAAUUGCGAAUCAUGCAUAGUCGGUAGUCAGCAUAAACUGCUAUACAUAAUCUACAUUUUGUUACUAUAUCAUACGGGGUGUCACAAAUAUCUUUAUGUUUCCAUACUUUACUCGCGCACUGUAUAUUUACGUUGAAAAAUAUAAUUAGAUUAUCACCUUGAUAAACUGUUGUUAGAAAAUGACGUCACCACCAGUUUAAAAUAAACAAGCUAUUCCAUUACAUUCCUGCCCAAUGCUAGACCGUUCAAGUGAUAAAUAACAAUGAUCCCUUAGUUCAUGAACACAAACAUCAGCAUUAUUUGAGUAAAUUUUAAGCUCAUGCUUCCUACGUGAUUUCAUCCUUUUGGAUGUUUAUAACCGCAGUAUUAAAAAGAAUCUUUUGCAAAGGGAGAAUUUUUCAUAAUACUAUUUUGUUGGACCUUUCGUUUAAAUAAAAAAAAAAACUGCAACUAAAUUUGCGUGCAUAGAAAUCUGCCCACUUAAAAAUUUGGUCAUUUUUCAUGUGUCGUAUUUCCUAAACCUGUUGGCCGAUUUAAGUGACUUUUUUAAUAUGUUAUAGCCUGAUUCUUUAACAAUAGGUACCUCUGUAAUAAUAUUGUUGCUAAACAGGUAAAUUUUCAUUAUAUACCGGAUGUAUGAAUCAAACUCGUGUUUUUUUUUCUCAAAGUUCGCAUUACCCUGUGGAAUAUUCUAGCAUUUAUAAAAUACUGAAAUUAAAACCCGACUAUAGCCUCAGGUUUUCUUAACAUUCUCUUUUGUGAUUAAUUUGCUUAUGUUGUAUAAUAAAAAAGUUAGGUACUUUAACAACUAGACAUGCUCUUCAUCAAUACAGGGUGUUUCUAAAUAAGUACGACAAACUUUAAUGGGUAAUUCUGCAUGAAAAAAUAAUGACAGUUUGCUUUAUAAACGUAUGUCCGCAAAUGUUUCGUUUCAGAAAUACGGGAUGUUGAAUUUUUUCUUACAAACUGACGAUUUAUUUAUUGCUUUAAAACCGGUUGAGAUAUGCAAAUGAAAUUUGGUGGGUUUUAAGAGUUAGUUAUUGCGAAUUUUUUGACAUACAAUUAAGAAUUUUAUAUUCAUCAUUAGCGUGCAUACGGGUAAUAUGAUCGGUCAUAUUACCCGUAUGCACGCUAAUGGUGAUUAUUAAAUUCUUAAUUGUAUGUCAAAAAAUGUGCAAUAACUACGUCUUAAACCCCAUCAAAUUUCAUUUGCAUAUCUCAUCCGGUUUUAAAACAUUUGCGAACAUACGUUUAUAAAGCAAACUGUCAUUAUUUUUUCAUGUAGAAGUACCCCUUAAAGUUUGUCGCACUUAUUUAGAAACACCUUAUAUUGAUGAAGAACAUGUCGAGUUGUUAAAGUACCUAACUUUUUUAUUAUCCAACCUAAGCGAAUGAAUCAAAAACAUAAUGUUAAGAUAUAGUUGAGAAGCUAUAGUUGAGUUUUAAUUUCAGUACAGUGGAACCCCGAUAAGUCGGCCCCCGAUAACCCGGAACUCCGGGUAACCCGGACCGAUUUUUAUCAGACAAACAUUUCAACAAUAAAAAUGUAUUGCUGUUACGAAAUCUCGUAAACCUAAUUCAUUCAUUUGGUGACGUCAAUAUACGAACGAAACGAUUGAUGAAUCCGACAUUACUGAAAAUAUCAGGGCAAUCAGGGUGCAGAUGGGACCCUGUCGCGCAAUUCGCAGCAAAUAAAAUAUUCGUAUGUUUUUGGCUUCAUUUUAUUUCGUUUAUACAUACGCAUUUUCAAGGUUCACGAGGUUUUGUACCAACUCUAUGUAAUAUAAUAUUUGAGAGAUAAUGGAACCGGAUUGAACUACAUAUAACAUAGUAAAAAUGACUCAUGGUACACCACAUUCAUUGUCGAAAACAACAUACACCUGUAUUAUCCUUUAUUUUUUUGAAACUGUCUGUGUUAUCAUUGUUUAGAAAAGACUAUUAAAAUUCUUUUUUUAACAAUGGUCUUAGUCAUCACUUUUAUUAAAUAACAUAACAUCAGAGACGGUAUUAUGUGUAGUAAAGUCGUAUUAUUGUUCGCUUCCGUUUUGUAAUCGUUCGUAAAUUUAUUCAGAUUUUGUGUUUGUGUGUCUUUUGUCUAUAAGGGCAACAAAACGUAAAAAUGUUGUAGUGACAAUGGAAAAGAAACUAGAAGCAUUAAGUAGAAUUGAUAAAGGUGAAUCUUGCAGCAUUAUAUUAUGGUGUCGGUACAUCUACAGUAUCGGAUUAGAAGAAAAAUAGAACUAAAAUCGAAGAAUUUUUUUUUUUCAAAAUGAUAACAAAAGACAGUUUAAUCGGUGCAAAGCUAAUAAAGCUAAGAAUGAGACUUUUGACGACGCUUUGUAUGUGUGGUUUUGUGUGGAAUGCGAACGUGGUUUACCAGUGUCUGUGUGACAAUUAUAACGGAGUUUAUCUGUAAGCAUACCAUAUUUUAUUAAUUUUUACCAUUUUCUCCGGCUAACCCGGAUUUUCGAUAACCCGGAUCGGCCGCGGUCCCAAUUAAUCCGAGUUAACGGGGUUCCACUGUAUUUUAUAAAUGCUAGAAUAUUCCACAGGGUGAUGCGAACUUUGAGAAAAAAACACAGUUUGAUUCGUACACCCAGUAUACAAUGAAAAUUUACCUGUUCAGCAACAAUACUCGUAUUAUUAAAGCGGUAUUGUUAAAGAAUCAGGCUAUAACAUAUUAAAAAAGUCACUUAAAUCGGCCAACAGGUUUAGGAAAUACGAGACAUCAAAAAUGACCAAAUUUUUAAGUGGGCGGACUUCUAUGCACUCAAUGUUUAUAUUACGUUCAUUCCCAAGAUAAGCUCGAGAGACACGUGAUCGGUGGGUUUGUCAUGUCGUCGCAGCUUUUCAUUGGCUAUAAAUUAGUUUCUAACCAAUGACAAGCUGCGACGAUACGACACCCACCGAUCAGUGCGACCUCUAGCUUAACUUGGGAACGAACGUAGUAUAAAUACUAAAAUUGUAUGUAGUUUCUGCCGAAUAUUGUUAAUAUAUUAUCAGUAUAUUCAAUUUUUUUAACGCUCUUUCGAUAUAUGUAAUCAGAAUAUAAAAGAAUACGAGCGAUAUAGGCGAACCCAACACUUUAUAUGUGGGGAAACUGAUUGUAACCCUAUCCUUUAGGUGUACGAUUAUUUAGCUUUUUUUUUUUUCAAUAUUUUGUCAUUUUUAUGUUAUAUGUAUUUGCUUCAAAUAUGUGUACCAUAUUAAAAAAAAAAAACAAAAUCUAUAAACCUAGAGGCCUUUCAGGCUCAAAAUUUGAACCUGGGACAAAAUCAGAAACAAGAAAACAAAUAAUACAAUUUAAUAAUUUUAUUUUUGGUGAUUUUAUGUGUAUAUUAUGAAUUGAUUGGUAGUCUUUUAAAUAAUCGCU